AUGCCGACGUCACCACCGGACGCCUCCGGCCAGCCCAUGCGCGCCACCAUCGAGUACGACAACGGCAAGACGCUCAUGGCCCAAGGACCGCAGGCGCUGCACGACCACGUCUCCUCCCGCAUGGAGAAGGCGCUCGGCCGAGCCCUCCCGCAGAUGGAGGUGCGCUUCAAGGACGUGUCCAUCGCCGCCGACAUCCUCAUGAAGGGCGUCCGCGGUCUGGGCGCCAAGAAGCACACGGUCCGCAAGCAGAUCCUUCAGCACGUCAGCGGCGUCUUCAAGCCCGGAACCAUCACGCUCGUGCUGGGUCAGCCGGGAUCGGGCAAGUCCUCGCUCAUGAAGCUGCUCAGCGGCCGCUUCCCCAGCGACAAGAAUGUCACGAACGAAGGCGAGGUGACUUACAACGGCACACCAGCCAACGAGCUCCUCCGGCGUCUACCGCAGUUCGUGUCGUACGUUACGCAGCGCGACAAGCACUACCCGUCGCUCAGUGUCAAGGAGACGCUCGAGUUUGCGCACGCCUGCUGCGGUGGAGGCUUCUCCGAGCGCGAGGCCCAGCACUUGGCUGGUGGUUCCCCCGAGGAGAACAAGGCCGCGCUCGACGCCGCCAGGGCCAUGUUCAAGCACUACCCGGACAUCGUCAUCCAGCAGCUCGGACUCGACAACUGCCAGAACACCAUCGUGGGCGACGCCAUGACGCGCGGCGUGUCCGGCGGAGAGCGCAAGCGCGUGACCACGGGCGAGAUGGAGUUCGGCAACAAGUUCGUCAUGAUGAUGGACGAGAUCAGCACGGGCCUCGACAGCGCCGCCACCUUCGACAUCAUUACCACGCAGCGCAGCAUCGCCAAGAAGUUCCGCAAGACGGUGGUCAUCUCGCUGCUGCAGCCGUCGCCCGAGGUCUUCGAGCUCUUCGACGACGUCGUCAUCCUGAACGAGGGCCACGUCAUGUACCAUGGUCCUCGCGCCGAGGCGCUGGGCUACUUCGAGAGUCUCGGCUUCAAGUGUCCUCCGCGUCGCGACGUGGCCGACUUCCUGCUGGAUCUCGGCACGGACAAGCAGGCGCAGUACGAAGUGAGCUCGAUCUCCUCGAGCAGUAUCCCGCGCUCGGCCAGCCAGUACGCGGAUGUGUUCACGCGCUCGCGCAUUUACGCGCGGAUGAUGGAUGAGCUGCACGGCCCGAUUCCCGCUAACCUGAUUGAAGACAACGAGAAGCACAUGCUGGCCAUUCCUGAGUUCCACCAAAACUUCUGGGACAGCACGAGAGCUGUCGUUGAGCGCCAGAUCACGCUCACAAUGCGUGACACGGCGUUCCUCGUUGGCCGCUCCGUUAUGGUGAUUUUGAUGGGGCUGCUGUACUCCAGUACGUUCUACCAGUUCGACGAGACCAAUGCCCAGCUCGUCAUGGGUAUCAUCUUCAACGCUGUUAUGUUCGUGUCGUUGGGCCAACAAGCUCAGAUCCCGACAUUCAUCGCAGCUCGAGACGUAUUCUACAAGCAGCGGCGCGCCAACUUCUUCCGUACAACCUCAUUCGUGCUAUCGAACUCGAUCAGUCUGCUGCCGUUGGGACUGGCGGAGAGUCUGGUGUUCGGCUCGAUCGUGUACUGGAUGUGCGGCUACUUGGCGACGGUGGAAGCGUUCCUGCUGUUCGAGCUCAUGUUGUUCAUGACGAAUCUGGCCAUGUCUGCGUGGUUCUUCUUCCUCUCCUGUGCGUCGCCCGACCUGAACGUGGCCAACCCCAUCUCCAUGGUCUCCAUCCUCUUCUUCGUUCUCUUUGCCGGGUUCACGAUCACCAAGGACCAGAUUCCGGACUACCUCGUUUGGAUCUAUUGGAUUAAUCCGAUGGCGUGGGGUGUGCGCGCGCUUGCCGUGAACCAGUACACCGACUCGAGCUUCGACACGUGCGUGUACAACGACGUUGACUACUGCGCCUCCUACAACAUGACCAUGGGCGAGUACUCGCUCAGCACGUUCGAGGUGCCGGCUGAAAAGUUCUGGCUCUGGUACGGCAUGGUGUUCAUGGCUGCUGCGUACGUCUUCUUCAUGUUCCUCUCGUACAUUGCGCUGGAGUUCCACCGACACGAAAGUCCCGAGAAUGUGACGCUUGACACCGACAGCAAGGACGAAGUAACGAGCGACUAUGGCCUCGUCCAGACGCCCCGAAGCACUGCCAACCCCGGCGAGACAACGCUUUCAGUCACCCCCGAUAGCGAGAAGCACUUCAUCCCGGUCACCGUCGCCUUCAAGGACCUGUGGUACUCCGUGCCGGACCCGGCCAACCCCAAGGACACCAUCGACCUGCUCAAGGGCAUCAGCGGAUACGCGCUGCCCGGCACCAUCACGGCGCUCAUGGGGUCCUCGGGCGCAGGCAAGACCACGCUCAUGGACGUCAUCGCCGGCCGCAAGACGGGAGGCAAGAUCCGCGGCCAGAUCCUGCUCAACGGCCACCCGGCCACCGACCUGGCCAUCCGCCGGUCCACGGGCUACUGCGAGCAGAUGGACAUCCACUCGGAGUCGUCGACGAUCCGCGAGGCGCUCACGUUCAGCGCGUUCCUGCGCCAGGGCGCCGACGUGCCCGACAGCUACAAGUACGACUCGGUGAACGAGUGCCUGGACCUGCUGGACCUGCACCCGAUCGCCGACCAGAUCAUCCGCGGCAGCUCCGUGGAGCAGAUGAAGCGCCUGACCAUCGGCGUGGAGCUGGCGGCGCAGCCCAGCGUGCUGUUCCUGGACGAGCCCACGAGCGGCCUGGACGCGCGCAGUGCCAAGCUCAUCAUGGACGGCGUGCGCAAGGUGGCCAACACGGGCCGCACCGUCGUGUGCACGAUCCACCAGCCGUCCUCGGAGGUGUUCAGCGUGUUCGACAGCCUGCUGCUGCUCAAACGCGGCGGCGAGACGGUGUUCGCCGGCGAGCUGGGCAAGAACGCGAGCGAGAUGAUCGCGUACUUCGAGUCCAUCGACGGCGUGGCCAAGCUCGAGGACAACUACAACCCGGCGACGUGGAUGCUGGAGGUGAUCGGCGCCGGCGUGGGCAACAGCAACGGCGACAAGACGGACUUCGUCCAGAUCUUCCAGCAGAGCAAGCACUUCCAGUUCCUGCAGUCAAACUUGGACCGCGAGGGUGUGUCUCGGCCGUCGCCGUCGCUUCCAGCACUGGAGUACAGCGACAAGCGUGCCGCGACGGAGCUGACCCAGAUGAAGUUCUUGAUGCAGCGCUUCUUCAACAUGUACUGGCGCACGGCGUCGUACAACUUGACGCGCUUUAGCCUCGCGUUGAUCCUGGGCGUCGUUUUUGGCAUCACUUACGCAAGCGCGGAGUACAGUUCGUACGCCGGCAUCAACUCGGGUAUGGGCAUGCUGUUCUGCGCGACUGGAUUCAUCGGCUUCAUCGCGUUCACGAGCGUCAUCCCAAUCGCGACAGAAGACCGACUGGCGUUCUACAGGGAGCGCGCUAGCCAGACCUAUAAUGCGCUCUGGUACUUCGUGGGCUCCACCGUCGUCGAGAUCCCGUACGUUUUCUUCAGCACGCUGCUGCUCAUGGCGCCGUACUACCCGCUGGUCGGCUUCACGGGCGUCAAGACCUUCUUCGCUUACUGGCUGCACCUCUCGAUGCACGUGCUGUGGCAGGCGUACUUCGGCCAGCUCAUGUCGUACUUGAUGCCGACGGUGGAGGUGGCUUCGAUCUUCGGCGUGCUCUUGCAAAUGAUCUUCUUCCUCUUCAACGGCUUCAACCCGCCUGGAAGCGCCAUCCCGACGGGCUACAAGUGGCUCUACCACAUUACUCCCCACAAGUACUCGCUGGCGUUGGUUGCAUCACUCGUAUUCGGCGACUGCCCCAGUGAUGGCGAUGGGUCGGAGAUUGGAUGCCAGGUCAUGACGGGUGUGCCGCCCUCCCUUCCCGAGGAUAUGACGGUGAAGGAGUACAUGGAGGACGUCUUCCUCAUGAAGCACAGUGAGAUCUACAAGAACUUCGGCUUCGUCUUGGGCUUCAUCGUGCUCUUCCGUUUCUUGGGUCUGCUUGCUCUGCGCUUCGUCAACCACCAGAAGAAGUAA